AUGGGCUGCGGGGGAAGUGCGCAAGGGGCACGAGUUCACGAUCUCGACGCCUUCGCAGAUGUCUCACCAUCAAACUCGGAGGUCUUAGCCAAACCUGUGAGACCGACCGGGGCCAAAACCAAAAAGAAGGCGGCGAACGUUAUUUGCUGGGACAGCAAUGCCCUCGCCAACGAGCUGCAAAUCAAGGUGGAAAAGGAUGAUGUGCGGCAGAGCAUGUUGAACCUGGGACUCCUCGAUAAGGAGGAUUUCGAGGAUUACGUUUUCACCCGAGGAACUAGCAGUGGCACUACUGGGUCUUUCGUGGUCGGCCAACUUUCUGAGGCGAGCGCAUCGGAAAUGAGGCCCGCUGUCAUUCAGGAGGAGCUUGAUCAUGGUCUUGAGAGGCUUCCAGAGGGUGCUUCAUCGGAAGAAAGUGGAAGAGAACGCAUCAACAGUGAAGGCAUGGCCACAGAGAAAAAUCUGGCCACUGAGAGCUGA